CUGUACCCAUCCAGCGACCAGCCAGGCUGCGGCGAGGGGAUUCCCACCGAGGCUCCAGAGUCAGAGACCUCAGCCUAGCAUCACAUUAGGUGCAGCCGGCAGGCCAUCCCAACUCGGGCCGGCAGCGCACGCGUCACUGGGGCCGUCAGCUGCCGUGCAACUUCCCCGCGGGGGAGUCAACUUUAGGUUCACCUGCGGACUCGGUGCAGUGGAAGCCGUUGAACAUCCCAAGGAACUGGCACGCUGGGGGCUCUGGGCUUGUGGCUGGUAGAGGAUUCCCGCUCAUUUGCAGUGGCUCAGAGGACGGUGGACCCAGCAGAUCCGUCCGUGGAGUUUCCAGGAGUGGAGCCCCAGGCACCCCUACACCCUCCGACACGCCGGAUCCGGCCCCGCCGCGCCAAGCCGUAAAGGGCUCGAAGGCCGGGGCGCACCGCGGCCGCCAGGGUCAUGGAGGGCGCGCUAGCAGCCAACUGGAGCGCCGAGGCAGUCAACGCCAGCGCCGCGCCGCCGGGGGCUGAGGGCAACCGCACUGCCGGACCCCCGCGGCGCAACGAGGCCCUGGCGCGCGUGGAGGUGGCGGUGCUGUGUCUCAUCCUGUUCCUGGCGUUGAGCGGGAAUGCGUGUGUGCUGCUGGCGCUGCGCACCACGCGCCACAAGCACUCGCGCCUCUUCUUCUUCAUGAAGCACCUGAGCAUCGCCGACCUGGUGGUGGCAGUGUUCCAGGUGCUGCCGCAGUUGCUGUGGGACAUCACCUUCCGCUUCUACGGGCCCGACCUGCUGUGCCGCCUGGUCAAGUAUUUGCAGGUGGUGGGCAUGUUCGCUUCCACCUACCUGCUGCUGCUCAUGUCGCUGGACCGCUGCCUGGCCAUCUGCCAGCCGCUGCGCUCGCUGCGCCGCCGCACCGACCGCCUGGCAGUGCUCGCCACGUGGCUCGGCUGCCUGGUGGCCAGCGCGCCGCAGGUGCACAUCUUCUCUCUGCGCGAGGUGGCUGACGGCGUCUUCGACUGCUGGGCGGUCUUCAUCCAGCCCUGGGGACCCAAGGCCUACAUCACGUGGAUCACGCUAGCUGUCUACAUCGUGCCGGUCAUCGUGCUCGCUGCCUGCUACGGCCUUAUCAGCUUCAAGAUCUGGCAGAACUUGAGGCUCAAGACAGCUGCAGCGGCGGCGGCCGAGGCGCCAGAGGGCGCGGCGGCUGGCGAUGGGGGGCGCGUGGCCCUGGCGCGUGUCAGCAGCGUCAAGCUCAUCUCCAAGGCCAAGAUCCGCACGGUCAAGAUGACUUUCAUCAUCGUGCUGGCCUUCAUCGUGUGCUGGACGCCUUUCUUCUUCGUGCAGAUGUGGAGCGUCUGGGAUGCCAACGCACCCAAGGAAGCCUCAGCCUUCAUCAUCGUCAUGCUCCUGGCCAGCCUCAACAGCUGCUGCAACCCCUGGAUCUACAUGCUGUUCACGGGUCACCUCUUCCACGAACUCGUUCAGCGCUUCCUGUGCUGCUCCGCCAGCUACCUGAAGGGCAACCGCCUGGGAGAGACGAGUGCCAGCAAAAAGAGCAACUCGUCCUCCUUUGUCCUGAGCCAUCGCAGCUCCAGCCAGAGGAGCUGCUCCCAGCCAUCCACGGAGUGACCCACCAGCCAGGGCCAGGGCUGCUGCCUGAGGCUCGGGCUGUGCUGGCAUAAGUGGUCUGCCCCUAGGUGACGGCGUAUGUUUGUGUAUAAGGUACCUAUCAGUUUGUAUCCCUCCACUCCUUGGG